AUGGCAGAGCGACCCUUGGCUUCUGGGCCACGCGCCGUCCCCGUGCCGCGCUCCGUGGAGCUGGAGCCGCCUGACGCCGCGUCACACGCUGCGUGGGCCUCGGCCGCCGUCACUCGGCACUUCUGGGACUGGAUGACAGCUCAUCCACGCGACCCUGGGCUUCUGGGCCACGCGCUGCCCCCGUGCCGGUCUCCAUGGAGCUUGGAGCCGCCUGACGCCGCGUCACACGCCGCGUGGGCCUUGGCCGCCUUCACUCGGCACUUCUGGGACUGGAUGGCAGCCCAUCCAAGCGACCCUGGGCUUCUGGGCCACGCGCCGCCCCCGUGCCGCGCUCCGUGGAGCCUGGAGCCGCCUGACGCCGCGUCACACGCUGCGUGGGCCUCGGCCGCCGUCACUCGGCACUUCUGGGACUGGAUGACAGCCCAUCCACCAGCAAACGACGUUAAAUGGCAGCGCGACCCUGGGCUUCUGGGACACGCGCCGCCCCCGUGCCGCGCUCUGUGGAGCCUGGAGCCGCCUGACGCCGCGUCACACGCCGCGUGGUCCUCGGCCGCCGUCACUCGGCACUUCUGGAUGACAGCUCACCCACGCGACCCUGGGCUUCAGGUCCACGCGCCGCCCCCGUGCCACGCUUCGUGGAGCCUGGAGCCGCCUGACGCCGCGUCACACGCCGCGUGGGCCUCGGCCGCCGUCACUCGGCACUUCUGGGACUGGAUGACAGCUCAUCCACGCGACCCUGGGCUUCAGGGCCACGCGCCGCCCCCGUGCGGCGCUCCGUGGAGCCUCGAGCCGCCUGACGCCGCGUCACACGCCGCGUGGGCCUCGGCCGCCGUCACUCGGCACUUCUGGGACUGGAUGACAGCUCAUCCAAUCCUGUUCACGUGCCUGACCUUCCCUAACCAGCAAACGACGUUAAAUGGCAGCGCGACCCUGGGCUUCUGGGCCACGCGCCGCCCCCGUGCCGCGCUCCGUGGAGCCUGGAGCCGCCUGACGCCGCGUGACACGCCGCCAAACGACGUUAAAUGGCAGCGCGACCAUGGGCUACUGGGCCACGCGCCGCCCCCGUGCCACGCUUCGUGGAGCCUGGAGCCGCCUGACGCCGCGUCACACGCCGCGUCACACGCCACGUGGGCCUCGGCCGCCGUAACUCGGCACUUCUGGGACUGGAUGACAGCUCAUCCAAUCCUGUUCGCGUGCCUGACUUUCCCUAACCAGCAAACGACGUUAAAUGGCAGCGCGACCCUGGGCUUCUGGGCCACGCGCCGCCCCCGUGCCGCGCUCCGUGGAGCCUGGAGCCGCCUGACGCCGCGUCACACUCCGCGUGGGCCUCGGCCGCCGUCACUCGGCACUUCUGGGACUGGAUGA